GUACACGGUGAGGAUAUGUUCUAAUCAAGCUCGCCGAAUUACUCUUCCGGCGGGAUUCACGUUUUUGGGGGAAAUUAGAUUUAGAUAACUUUUUAAUUACACAAUCAUUAAAUCUGGACAAUCUAUCAAAAAUGACGAGAGGAGGUAGAACAGAACUAGGGGACAUCACUCCACAUAACAUCAAACAGUUGAAGAGAUUAAAUCAGGUUGUCUUUCCUGUUACAUACAAUGACAAGUUCUACAAAGAUGUACUUGAAGUAGGAGAAUUAGCUAAAUUAGCGUAUUAUAAUGAUAUAGUGGUAGGAGCAGUAUGUUGUAGAGUAGACACCUCAGAGAAUCAACGUCGCCUUUAUAUAAUGACACUUGGUGCACUUGCUCCUUAUCGUAGACUAGGAAUAGGAACUGUGAUGUUGGAACAUGUACUCAAUAUUUGUGAGAAGGAUGGCAACUAUGAUAAUGUCUUUCUACAUGUACAGGUGAACAAUGAAGGUGCAAUCAAAUUUUACGAGAAGCAUGGUUUUGAGAUUGUAGAAGAAAAGAAGAACUAUUACAAGAGAAUUGAACCUGCAGAUGCAUACGUAUUGCAGAAGACGUUUCGAGAGAAAUCCCAAACUAAACAAGCAGACAGUAAACAGUCUUGAAGCAGACCUCACUAUAGUGCUACUAACAAAUUGACUGUGUCUUGUCCUGAAUAUAUGAACAAAAUUUAAAUUGUCAUUUUUGAGGAAGGACUUUAUUUAUGGCAACAUUUGAAUAUGGUUUUCUAUGAUCUGUUGAAUAUACAACUUGUAGGGUCCAACUUACUAUUUUUGGUAAACUGCCAUUUUUACUUGGACCUGUAUACUUGACUACAACACACAUUUACAGGGCCUCCUCUGGGUUUUUCAUACUUGUCGCCAACCUUUUCGCCAAUUUGAAAAAGUUGGAGCCACUUUAGAGCCAUUUUUGAGCCAAAGUUCUGAGCCACUUUUAUUUCUUUUAGUUGGCUGUCAUAGUGUGCAUAGAGAAAUAAAAUAUUGUAAAUAAUUUCAUUAGGAAUAAUAACAACUUUUGAAGGUGUAUUAGUUUAUUGUAGAAUUAAAUUCAAUUUGUAGUUGGAUAAAAAAUGACACAAAUCAUUCUCUAAUUUAAGAAUCAUAUCUAUCCAUGUCAGAAUUACCAAUAUUUCAGGACUCAUUUAUUUUCGGAAAGGAAAAUUCGGAUUUUUUUCUAUUCUAAAAGGUCGAGUUGAACACUCUUCUAAUGAUUUUUAAGAAGCCACGGUAGCAAGUGAUAUCUUCCAGUUUCUGAACAUUUCAAUUUCAAAGAAAUUAACCAGGUCCAGGAUGCAAAUUGAUGGAUUUUCGGAUCCAUCGUUAAAAUCUUUUAUGAAAACUAAGGAAUCAAAAAUUAUCUUGCAAAAAGUAACAAAUUAAAUGUAUCUUUCGAACUUAUUUAAAAUUCGUCAGUCAUACAACUGCAUGCCACAAACAUGACAAUCUUUUUUUUUGUAAAAAAUCGCAACACAUAAAGUACACCGUAAUCGGCGUUAAUUUUGGUGAAUUCUCGGCAGAGGUCAAACAUACAAGCUGGCAGAUGUUUUGAUUACUGAUUAAUCUUCAAUUCACACAUUAUUACGCAAUUAUCUUCUCAAAGUGUCAACCAACUUCAAUAGUCGAAUUGUCAAAUACACCGCCUAGACUGGUUAUCGAUUUUAUUCACUACCAACGUCUAGGUAAACAUGUGUAUCGGGAACCAAUUCUUGGGCCGCUUAUAUCACUACGGAAAAAAAAAUGCCGAGGAAAAAAAACUAUGCGCCACUUAUUUUCGCCAGUUCGCAAAAUUUAGCGCCAAAUUCUUAAAAUUAUCGCAAAUGGCGACAUUGGCGAUCGGCAGCGGAGGCCCUGCAUUUAGUACCCUAUAAAAUAAAGUAUAUUUUUUUUAGCUAAGGGCAAGUCCUUUAUUUCAAGUUUUACUUUGUUCUCGCAUUGUGAUGUCAGUAUUUUGGUUGUUACACUCUGACGUACACACUAUGUUCAUAAAAUCCUGUACACGUUUGAUCUUUGUGUUGUGUAAAGGUUUAAAGUUAAGCAAAAUGUGUAUUUUUACAAGAGUUAAGUAGUAAAGUUUAAAAUUUGUGAUAAUAGAUUUUAAAUUGAGUAGAGCCUUCUAUUUAAAUCAAAUGAAAAAAUGUUUUCAAGUUUUUUCUCUUCAGUUAUUUAGGAUCUAAGUAACGAAAUUAAAUGAUUAUGAAAGAACAAUAACUUUAUGAAAUGUUAUAGUGAUAAAAAAGUGCUAUUUUCAGUAAUAAAGUUUCUGUAGAAUUUCAUGAAAUAUAAUUGCAGUAAGGCCUUUAUCAAGUACAUGUUGAUUUUUCUACUUUGUACAUUUACAGUGUAAAUAAAGUAUUUUGUAAAGUAGCUCAAAA